AUGGUCGCAAGUACCUUGCCUGACUGUGGGGGAAUGGACUUGGAUGACGAGGCCUUCUACGACGCGGUGAUCUCUGCCUCUGGGAUGAAGGAUCGUCAAGAUUGUUUCCGGAUAUUGGGUUUAACCGCUGGAGCUGGGCUGGAGGAAAUCAAGACAGCAUACAGACGACUAGCCAGGAGGUGGCAUCCUGAUAAAUACGAUGGCCAUAGAGACGCUAACACAGUAUUCCAGCACGUGAACGAGGCAUAUUCCGUUCUCACCAAAAAGCGUAGUACUCAUUCCUACUAUCCUGAUGAGUACAAGAAGUCGGACUUAAGCCAAUGGCUGGAUCAGUCUUGGGAUUGGCAGUCUCAGAGGGAGAGGCAAAAUUGGGAAAAGAACGGCCGAACGGUGGUGGUCCGAGGAGUUCAAGAGAAAUACCAAAGGAUUGUUCUACGCACAUGGGGUAAGUACGAGCAUACUACAGCGGGGGGGGAGGGGCUUAAUGGCCAGAGCCAUCAGUCAGCCCCCGGCGGAUCCGAUUGA